CAUGUGCUGUCGCAUUGUUUGGCAGGCAAGGCGGGCACCUCAAAGGGUCGCUCCCCAACACCAACAGCCAAGCGCGAGAAUGGAGCAGGAGCAGGUGGAGGAGCUGGAGUUGGAACCGGAGUUGGGGCAACAAAUAACGCGCAGCCAACAACUGCAACGGCGCCAACAACAACAACAACAACAGCUACUGUUGCUGGUGUUGGGGCAACUGGAGGUGGUUGUAGCAGAUCCACAUUACAUGCGAACAAAACGAUACUGAAAACGGUUUCGGUAUUCCUCGCCAGCGGCAAACGUAACUCGAGCAACCAGUCGAAGGCCGCAGCGGCUGCUUUGCAGAACAAACGGCAACAGCAGCGACAGCGCAAAAUGGACGAGUUGAGCGGCAAAAUCAAUCCAAAGCUAUUGGAUAAUCUACGAAAGAAGACGCGAUUUACCAAAGAUGAGUUGGACGCACUUUGCCGCAUCUAUCGCAAACUGGUGUCCAAUUGUCAGUAUGCAGCCAAGACGCUUGCCUCGAGCUCCUCCAGCGCAGCAAUUGCCAAACCGCAUGCAGCAGUUGAGGGCAUCGAUCGAAUUGUGUUUCGUGAGCUGUUGCACAGCACCUUUGACAUUGUCACCGAGGAGAUUUUAAUGGAGCGCAUCUUUUGUAGCUGGGACAAGGCGCACGAGGGUUUACCAUUGCGUCUCGAGGGUUGGUUGAUCGGUUUGUCCAUCUUUUUGCGCGGCACGCCGGCGGAACGUGCUGCAUUUUGUUUUCGCGUUUACGAUUUAAACACCGAUGGAUUUAUCACCAAGGAUGAAAUGUUUACGCUGCUUCGCAACUGCCUCAUUAAGCAACCGCAGGACGAGGAUCCAGAUGAGGGUGUCAAGGAUCUGGUGGAGAUUGUACUCAAAAAGUUCGACAUCGAUAAGGAUGGCAAGGUCUCCUUGGAUGACUUUAUGGGCACGGUUGCCGCGGAACCUUUGCUUAUCGAGGCUUUUGGACAGUGUCUGCCCACUGACAGCGCCGUCGUCUCCUUCUUCUCGACACUUCAGAUCUAGCAAUCUAAUGUAUUAUUUUUAAAUGCCUUGUAAUUCAAG